AUGUCCGACCCAUCAAGCUCAGGUUCAAGCUCCAGUGUGGCCGAAUCAAUUGCCAAAGCCGCUCGAACAGCUUUCGAGCAAUCUCAAUUGGUAGAUGUGUCAGAGAGGGAUCUGGCUUUGAGAGCUAUCCGCGAAGUGUUGGAGGCGAAGAAAGAUGAAGUGCUGAAGGCCAACAAGGCAGAUAUGGAGGCAGCGGAAGAACUAUUAUCCCAGGGCAAAUUAUCUAAAUCACUCGUAUCUCGUUUAGACCUGUCGAGACCAGGGAAAUUCGAUGCGAUGUUACAAGGUAUAUCGGACGUAGCUUCUUUACCUGUGCCAACUGGUCAAGUCACUUUUGCGAAGGAAUUAGGCCCAGGAUUGGAUUUACAUAGAGUGACUUGUCCUAUCGGUGUGCUGUUGGUAAUCUUCGAAGCUAGACCUGAGGUAGUGGUAAACAUUGCUGCGCUCGCUAUUAAAUCUGGAAAUGCGGCAAUCUUGAAAGGAGGAAAGGAAUCACUUCGAACUGCUACCAUCCUCUCUCAACUAAUUGCCGAGGCUCUCUCCAAAACCUCCAUCCCACCGACGUUCAUCCAAUCGGUCUCUACACGAUCUGAGAUCUCCUCGCUACUCGCUCAAGAUAGGUAUAUCGACUUGGUGAUGCCAAGAGGAGGAAACGAAUUGGUCAGAAGUAUUCAGAACAACACGAGAAUCCCAGUAAUGGGUCAUGCGGAUGGAAUAUGUGCGGUUUACGUGGACCAAAGUGCGGUAGAGGAGAAGGCUUUGAGGGUAGUGGUCGAAUCGAAGACCGAUUACAUGGCAGCCUGUAAUGCCGCCGAAACAUUGUUAAUCCACUCAUCACUCUUAUCCACCCUCUGGCCCAGAAUAGCUUCUGAACUAAUGAAGAACAACGUCUGUCUACGAUGUGAUCCCUCGACUUUAUCGGCCAUUCAGGAUAUUCCAGAAUCAUCCAAAUUCGUUACGGCAAGUACGGAAGAAGAUUAUCAUACGGAGUUCCUCGGACCCACUUUGGCAGUGAAGACUGUUGACAAUGUGAACGACGCGGUCAAACAUAUAAAUUCACAUUCAUCCCAUCAUACAGAUUCGAUCAUUACUGAAGAUGAGAAAUCAAUGUCAAUCUGGUGUAAUGGUCUAGAUAGUGCCAACUGCUAUGUCAAUGCCUCGACGAGGUUUGCCGAUGGAACUAGAUAUGGACUAGGAACUGAAGUCGGUAUUUCGACUGGUAAAACGCAUGCGAGAGGGCCAGUAGGGUUGGAUGGAUUGGUUAUUUACAAGUAUAUGAUGAGGAGUAGGAGUGAUAAGGGAAGUACGAUUGCGGAUUAUGAGAAAGGGGAGAACAGAUAUACGCAUAAGGAUUUGGUUAAAAGUGAACCUCCCUUCUGA